AUGAGUAACAAUACUACCAGCAACCCAAUCGUGUUCUUUGAUGUUGCUCUCGGUGGCUUCUCUACAGGUGAGCCGUUGGGUCGUCUGAAAUUGGAACUCUUCGCGGAUGUGACUCCUCGAACUGCUGAAAACUUCCGUCAGUUCUGCACCGGAGAGAGCAAGAACCAACAAGGCCGACCUCAGGGCUACAAAGGCAGUAGAUUCCACAGAGUAAUCAAGGACUUUAUGAUCCAAGGGGGUGACUUCAUCAAUGGCGAUGGCACAGGCUCGUGUACCAUCUAUGGCACCCCGAAGUUCCCAGAUGAGAAUUUCGCUCUCCGCCAUGAUCGUCCAGGGUUACUGAGCAUGGCUAAUUCUGGACCGAAUACAAACGGCUGCCAGUUCUUCAUCACGACGACUGCGACUCCGUUUCUAAACGACAAACAUGUUGUCUUUGGUCAAGUAGUUGAUGGAGUAGACAUCGUGCGAAUGAUUGAGAAUACCCGCACCACGAGGGACAAACCAAAUCAAGAUGUCACCAUCAUUCAGUGCGGGGAGAUGUAG